CCCAAGAAGCCGCUGACGGCCUACUUCCGCUUCGUGAAGGAGAACCAUUCCGCGUUCCGGCAGAAGAACCCAGAAAUGAACAACAGGGAGCUGGUUAAGAAAAUUUCAGAUACCUGGAAGGAGUUACCAACAUCACAGAAGCAGGUUUAUGAGGAAGCUAGAAAGACAGAGUGGCAGAGAUACGUAAAGCAGAUGGCUGCAUUUAAAGCACAGCUAACCCCAGCCCAGGCUGCAGCUUUGAAAGAAGAAAGGAGAAUACGACUGGCAAAAAGAAGAUCGGUCAGGGCAAAAAGAGAAUUGAAUAUGCUUGGAAAACCUAAAAGACCUCGUACCGGCUUUAACAUUUUUGUGUCGGAAAACUUUAAAGAAAGUGAGGGGAUUUCACCUAUGGCAAAGAUGAAGCAAUUAUAUGAUACAUGGCAAAAACUGUCCAGUUCUCAAAAGCAGCCGUACCUGCAGCUUGCUGAAGAUGAUAAGGUUCGGUACGGAAACGAAAUCAAGUCGUGGGAAGCAAAAAUGAUUGAACUCGGACGUGAAGACCUGAUCCGUUCCAAAAAGAGAAUGCCAAAAACAAAGAAAGCUGACACAGCAAAGAAAGUUGAAACAGCCAAAGCUUCCUCACGUGAAAACAAGGUGAAGUUAAAGUUGAAAAAAUCAGAAGAGUAA